AUGGUCAAUAAGAUAUGGAAAGCUUAUGUAAAGCAAGCUUUAAGGGACUUUAAGGUCGACUUUUCACAACCAGACGUUAGAGAACUUCCAUCUCAUGAAAACGAUAGACAUUGUUCUAAUAACAUUGUGGAUAGCAAGCAGGAGUGGUGCAAAACUAUCGAUCGUACCCUAGGAUACGCAUUUGAGUCCUUUUGCAAAUUUGUAGCAUCCUCAGCCAUAAAGAAUUCAUUGAUAAGGGGGAUAUAUCAGGUUUCCCCCAAGGAUAUAACUCGUUGCGCUAAUGGAUUAUUCAAUCUUAGCACGCCAGGAUCCCACGGAAUAAAACAGAAAAGACACUUAAAAUCUCAUAGAGGAUAUGUAAUUUGGAAAGAGAAGGAUUCAAACUAUAUCUCUCCAUAUUCUAUAAAAGGACGCAACCUAAGCAUCUCACGGAAAAUCGCAAAUAGAAGGAUAAAAUUAUCCAAGAUUUGCAGUAAGGAUACUAGCACAGGUAGAUUUAAAAUUAUGGCUCCAGUCAAUCGCAUAAAGACUAUACUGCUAGCAGAUGCAUUUCCACUUAGAGCUUAA